UGCUACCAAACGAUGAACUACGAAGGAAUUUUCGUUAACGGCACACUCACUUGACGCAAUUUAUCUGUCAAUGAAAUGUCAUUCCAUGUUUACACAUCAUCCCAGGAAGGAAAAACAAAUCUUUAAAAAUGAGUGCUCUAUUUAAUUUCCAAAGCCUACUUUCCGUCAUACUCCUACUCAUCUGCACAUGUACGUACUUGCGGUCCAUCUUUCCCAGUAUAAUCGACAGAAAUAAGACAGGACUUCUUGGAAUUUUUUGGAAAUUAGCCCGAAUUGGGGAGCGAAAGUCACCAUAUGUGGGAGUGGCGUGCGUUCUAAUGGCUAUCUCGAUACUUUGCUUUUCCUGAGUGAGAUAAUUCCUCUCUAAAAAUUAAAGAAAAAUAUUAAAAGAUUUUAUUACUCGCUCA